AUGACUACAGAACCUGCGAAAUUCGUUGCGUACAUUGGCUCUCAGGAGCUAGCCAAGGUAUCCUCAUUGCUUCCCUCGAACAGGAACCGGUCGAUGAUUGUGCACUCCUUGAUCAGCUCACUGGGGCUUUUAAACUCAAAUAACCCCCAUACCCCUCAUAAGCGUCUGAAAGUGGUUACGCCACGAAAAGCGACCUACAAAGAUUUGGCGUUGUACCACACCCGGGACUAUCUGGAAGUCGUUCUCGAGAACAAGCUGCACUCCGACAACACCUGGGAAUCGCGUAGUCUAUCUAUCGACACGGAAUUUGGGCUCUCAGACGAUUGUCCUAUGUUCCCCGGAUUGGCUGAUUACAUUCGCCUUGUUGCUGGCGCGACACUCACUGCGGUGUCAGCUUUACAAGAAGACUUCGCAGAUAUUGCCCUAUGCUGGGACGGAGGACGACACCACGCACGAAAGUCUCACGCAUCUGGCUUCUGUUAUGUAGCAGACUGUAUACUUGCCAUAAUGGCGUUUAAACGCAUGCAGGCGACUCCAGUGACAAAUCAAUCUCCGUGCCAGUCUUCUGAUAUUCAGCAAUCCAACAUAACUCAUCUCAAACGAACGCGGGUGAUGUACUUGGAUCUUGACUUGCAUUUUUCAGAUGCUGUCUCGGAAGCCUUCUAUUCGUCGACUGUAUCCUCAUUGACACCCCAAAUACUGACGCUCAGUAUACACCACACCUCUCCCGGAUUCUUCCCUAUCUCAGAGCGUAGCAAGCUUCCCGACGUCCUCAGUCCUGAUUUUGACCCUUUUACGCUUUCCAUACCACUACGUCAAGGAGCGUCGGACGCGACCUAUGCCAAAAUAUGGCCUCUUGUGGAACGCGUAAAGGAUACAUUUCGCCCUGACUACAUCGUUGUACAAUGCGGUGUCGACGGGUUAGCAGGAGAUCCAUGCUCGACAUUUAACUGGUCCCUUGGCAGAUCCGAAGGUUCUAUGGGAUGGUGUAUUAAGAAGAUACUGACACAAUGGGCGGGGAAGAAAUUGUUGCUUGGAGGAGGUGGAUACAACUCCCCUAAUGCCGCCAGGGCAUGGGCCUAUCUCACUUCCAUAGCUAUCGGAAACCCACUGGAUUUGGAAGCCCAAAUCCCAGAUCACACGGGAUUCCCUUUAUACGGUCCCUCUUUUACUAUUUCGGCACGGUACUUUCCUUUCCGCGUCCGCCCUUUGAAAAAUCUUUAUUCUAUACUCUUAUCCUACUACGUUCCAGGCACAAUGAUAUUUUCCGAGACAUGCGAGAAAAUCACCAUCACCAAAGGUGUUCUUUCUGCUGAUUGCAAAAAGGCCGACAAGAAGACCACCAUCCAUUCUUCAAUCUCACUCAAUGACUACAUUGGAAACACCGAAGGCAAACUCACAUGGGGAGGCCGAGGCUUCAGCCACCAUGCUGAAGACGUCCACAUUGAUAAUGGCGUCCUCUCAGCUAAACUGAAGUUCGGCGGGAAAAUGGUAGAAAGCAAGCUUGAUCUCAAUCUUUACAUUCAAAAUCAAGACGGUAUCUUGGCUGUCAUCCCUAAAUCUCAUGCACUUGAUCCACUAACCUUCGAGCAUGUUAGCGCCGGAAAACAUCUGGCGCCGCCGGAAUUAUCUCGAGGUAUAUCUGAAGCCAGCGUUUCUAGUGUCGCCAGCGCUGCGAGUGGCAGUAGCAUGUUCUCUGCCGCUUCUGCUACUUCGACCUCGACUACAGUCUCCACCACGUCUGUUAAAGAGACGAAGUCUUCUUCUUCUUACAGUACAUUCUCAUCUACAAAAUUCCGAAGCGAGAGCCAAAUUUUGUUAAUUGAGGAAACUUGUGCCAAGUUCGAGCUAAAGGGUACUUUCCUUCAUGCCGAGUGUCAUCGUAUCGAUGGCACGGUUGUCCACUCCAGUAUCGACCUCGAUACAGUUAUCGGAUUCUCUGAUGGACAUCUCCAGUGGGAUGCCCAAGGAUUCAGUUCCCACUGCUUCGAUUACGCCAUCGACGGAUUCUUUUUGGUCGUCAAAUACAAAGUCCACAAAGGCGACCAAUACAGGAUUGCUCGCCUGGACCUUCGCACCCGACUCCGAAACGCCAAUGGUGUUCUCACCGUCGUCGAACUCAACAAAAAGCUUUCGGUCAUGCUCAGCGAAGUCCCUUGGAUGAAGUUUAAGGUCAUCGCCGAGCCUGAUCUCAGCGUCUUCGCCAGUCACCCCGUCAUGCGAGAGACCCUUGUUAGCAUUGCCGAAUCCACUGUCGAACACGUCACCGUCGAAAUGCACAAGAUGCUCACCAUCGCAAUGGAGACAGCCAUAACGGCCAUUACUGCCUCCGCUAUGAAGCACGUCUCUGCCCAGAUGGAAGCACUGGUGUCUGGUGUUGUUGGUCACGCAAGCGCAAGCGCGUCAAUUACAGCGGCUGAGUCUCUCCACCUAUACGGUCGUGGUCAAUUCAGCUCUGCUACCGUUGGUAACGGAUAUUCAUAUAGAGCGGGUUCAAACGGCCAUGCUGCUCACCACGAAUCUCAUGGAAGUCUCCACGCUGCUCACCAUGAAUCUCACGGAAGCCUCCAUGCUGAAGGCAUUGCCCACCAUGAGCACCGCGACGAACACAGCUACGCCGAGAUUGCAAAACAUGCCCAGGUUGCCCAUGUAGCGUGA